UCCUCUUUGAAUUUGCAGGUUAAAAUGGCUGCAGAAGAGAAGUGGAAAAGUUGGGCUUGGAAAGAGCACGGCGUGGCAGAGCAGGCAAGCGACAAGGGCUCGUGUGAGCUCCUGGGCCAGCAGCUGGAGGAGCCAGGGAGAUUCGCUUACGCAGCGCUCUGCGGCAUAUCCCUAGCGGGGCUGUUUCCUGAAAAAGAGCAAAGCUCCUUCAAGACGGAGUUCAUUGAGGGCUUGGUGAAGUGGCUGGACCUGCCUGAUGCUGUUCUGCCUGCCAUGACUGCAUUUGCCACUGGCUUAGGAGGAGAGGGCACAGAGACUUUCGCCCAGAUUUUGCUUAAGGACCCUGUACUGAAAGAUAGUCCCUUUGUCAUUACCCAAGAUCUCUUGUCCUUCUGUCUGAAAGAUGGAUACUAUGAUGCUCGAGCAAGGGUGCUGAUCUGCCAUAUCAUGUGGUUGCUGCGAAUCCCCUUGGAGGAGCUGGAAGCCCUGGAGGAGUCUCUUCUUGAGAGCCUGAAAGACCAGAAAGAGGAAGAGUCAGAAACUGCAGAAGUGUCACGAACAAAGAAGGAAAGAAGGAAGAAACUGAAGAGGUACCUGCUUAUUGGCCUGGCCACCGUUGGAGGUGGAACAGUGAUCGGAUUGACAGGGGGUCUUGCUGCCCCCCUGGUUGCUGCUGGAGCUGCUGCUGUCAUUGGAAGUGCUGGGGCUGCUGCUUUAGGAUCAACUGCUGGAAUUGCAGUCAUGGCUUCCCUCUUUGGAGCGGCUGGAGCUGGCCUAACUGGGUACAAGAUGAAGAAACGCGUGGGAGCCAUCGAGGAGUUUGAGUUUCUCCCGCUUACUGAAGGGAGGCAGCUUCACAUCACCAUAGCAAUUACUGGCUGGCUCUGCACCGGCAGAUAUGGGAGCUUCACGGCGCCGUGGAGCAGCAUGAUGCAGUCCAGGGAGCAGUACUGCCUGGCCUGGGAGUCCAGGUACCUCAUGGAGCUGGGCAAUGCCCUCGAUUCCCUGCUGAACGGGGUUGUCAACAUGAUGGCCCAAGAAGCCCUGAAAUUCACCGUCUUGUCAGGGAUUGUGUCAGCCCUGGCCUGGCCAGCGUCGCUCCUAACGGUUGCCAGCGUCAUUGACAACCCGUGGGGAGUCUGUCUGCAUCGGUCUGCUGAGGUGGGCAAGCACCUGGCACACCUGCUGCUCGGCCGACAGCAGGGCAAGCGACCCGUCACACUGAUUGGCUUCAGUCUGGGUGCAAGAGUCAUUUACUUCUGCCUGCAAGAGAUGGCUCAAGAAAAAGAUUCACAAGGCAUCAUCGAAGAUGUGGUCUUGCUGGGAGCUCCGGUGGAGGGAGACGCCAAGCACUGGAAAGCCAUCACAAAGGUGGUGUCCGGCAGGAUCAUAAAUGGUUACUGCAGGGGGGACUGGCUGCUGGGCUUCGUCUACAGAACCUCUGCGGUCCAGCUCAGCGUCGCAGGGCUGCAGCCAGUGCACUUGGACGACAGGAGGAUGAUAAACAUGGACCUCUCAUCUGUAGUCAACGGCCACCUGGACUACAUGAAGCAGAUGGACACAAUCCUCAAAGCCGUGGGUGUCAAAACCAGGGAGUGUCGGCGUGAGGAGACAGGCAGCCUGGCCGCCGCGCGCCCAGGGACACACGGCAGCGAGGCUGGCGGUGAGGACAGCGUUGGUGAGGCCGGCGGUGAGGAGGACAGCAGUGAGGACAGCGGCGAGGCCGGUGCCACGCGGGACGAGGCUGCUGCUGGUGCCAACCACCACUCCUGACCACACAGGGACUGCAGGCGCUGAGGUGAGCGGCGCACCCAGCUCUGCGGGCGCUGCUGGGCGGCCCCGUCCCCAUCCCUGUGCCCAUCGGCUCUCGCGGGGCUCCCGCUGUGUGCAAGGCCAAGCGGCAGCGCCGCAGGCCCCUCUGGACCACGGUUCCUGGCACAUUCCGCCCGGCUCCACAAGGCAGUGGCCGUGGGACCUUUCGCUCCUGCACACAUCCCCAGCCUUCUCUAGUCACAGCUUUUGAUGGGCUGGAAAUAAAACCAGGACCAGGCGUAGGAGAGACACAAAUCCACCUGAUUCCUACCGCCUUCCUAGCCUUGAGCUGGCCUCUCCCCUCGUCUCCGACUGGAGGGACCAGGCUUCACAUCCCUGGCCACGCACAGUGCUCCAUAAACCCCCUUGGGAUGAUGCCCAUCUCCCACUCAAGGCUCUUUUGCAGCCCAAGCUGCAAAGGUGGAGUUGCGAGGCGGAACACGGCGAGUGGAGGCCGCUCCUUGGAGGCCACCUCUGUGUUCAACAGCGGCCGCUUGGCAGAAACCUCCGGCAUCUGCUCUGCAAGUCCUCGUCGAGUCAGGACACAGGUAAAACCUGUGGCUGCACCUCCUGGUUGCGGCUCCCCUUACCCGGAGCCACCGCCACAGUCUGUUUCUAUACGUAUGCAAGGAUCUACGGAUUUAUGUUCGUGCUUGAUGCCCAAACGGAGCUAACUCAGUGUUGACCACACGCCUGUGGGCAAGAUGGAUUAAACCCUUUGGUGUCUGAACGUGUGGGAAUUCCCUUGCUGGCCCUGGAUCGCGGCCACAAGGGCUUUUUUAGCCAAUCAAGGUCAAGCCA